AUGGCUCUCGCGUGCGCUGGCUCUGGCGACGCCCUGCUCGCCUCAGCGGCGCCGCCACCACUGCCGCCCUCGCCCCUGGCCUCGCCCGCGGCCGGCCCGCCGACACCCCCCUCGCCCGUUUCCCCGCCGUCGCCUCCGGCUGUCCCUCCGCGCGAGUCUUGGGCUGACCUCGCCGAGGCGGCCGAUGUUGCUGCGGGCCGCCCCAUCGCCUGCCGCAACCGCAUCCCGCCCCGUGCCCCGGUCCGGCCACCUCCAUCCGUCCCAGCCGGCGGCCCGCGACUCCCAGGGGUGGGAGUUCGGCCUCCCGCGGGACCGAUCGGCGCCACCGGCGGCCAUCGGGCGCGCUGCCGUCUCCUGGGUCGAAAAAAGGGGACGCCUUGGGGUCUCGGGCCUCUCCCCGGCGGCGUCGUGCUGGCGGCUGGGGCGUCGCCGGCCGCGCUGACCGUGGUGCAGCGCUCGCCUCCUGGCGGUCCCCCGCGCUGGCGGCGUCCGCCCCUGCUCCGGCCGGCCCGUCGCCGGCGGCGGCGCUCGCGCUCUCGGGCAUCCUUGUCCGGCGAGCUCCCUUCCGUCCGUUCAUCUCCGCCUUCGGUGCCGCUCCCUCCCAAUCUCCGGCCAGCCGGUGUGCCGUGCCCUGGCCGCGCCGCGUCCCCUUCCUGCCCCGGCGGCGACCUCCGCGGCGGCGCCUGGGGAAACCCUCGUGCCCCGGUUGGUUGCCCCGGGCAGGCCGCCUCCCUCGUCCCCUCCGGCCGCCGCGCCCCCUCGCCCCCGCCUCCGCCGCCGGCCAUGACCCGGGAGUGGGGCGAUGCCGAAUCCCGCCCGAAGCGGCGCGCGGAUGACCGUCGCGACCCUCCGCGCUCCUCCCCCGACGGCCUCCGGCGGGAGGCUGACCUCCGGAGCCAGCUCACCUCCCGCCCGGCUCGCCGAUCCCCUGCCCGCGACUCCCGUGACCCCCGCCGCUCCCCUCCCCGCCAAUCCCGCCGCUCCCCGACGCGGUAUGACCGCCGCUCCCACUCGCCUGCCCGCCGGGAUCCGCCUCGGGAGGACUCUCGGGACCGGGGCAACUCGCCUGCGCGGCGUUCCCCUGCCCGAGGCCGGUCUCCGACCCGGCGCUCGUCGGCCCGCGAUGGCCGUGGCUACCGCCGGCCCUCUCCUCCGCGUCAAGCUCCUCCCGCUUCCGAGUCCACCGCCCCUGAGAACCGGCGUUACCAGCCCCCGCGCGCCCAAGCCGCUUUUCCGCCCUCUAACGGCGGCAACGGGAACCGUGGGCGCCCGGGCGCUAAGAAGAAGAAGAAGAAGGGGCCGCCUCACCCUCCUCCUGCCGCCUCCUCCGCCGCCGUGGUGACUCCGGCCUCGGGUGCCGUCGCCACCUCCGUGGGUCCGCCGUGCUUCAACUGCGGCCUGUCAGGCCACUUCCAGGUGGCUUGUCCCAACCCACCGACCUGCUACCUCUGCAAGGAGGCCGGGAACCCCGCGGUUCUCUUUCCGGAGCGCCCGGUCACGGAGGAGAUCAUGAUGUACGGCCACGGCAUCGAGGACAUGGGCUUCUUCCACAUUGAGGUGCCGGAGCUCCCGCCUCCCUCCCCCUCGCUCCUGGCCCUUGUGACCUCCACCGCGCCCAACGCCUUCUCGGUGAUCUUCCCCGACGCCAUGAGCAUGGGCUUCUGCACCCGCAGCGACAACAUCACCUUGGCCCUCAACGGGAUUGUGGUGAACAUCUCAAAGUCGAGGUGGGAUCCCAAGGCCGUGGCGGUCCUGGACACGGCCUGGCUCCUCAUCGCCGGCCUCCCAGACGUGGCCCGGUCUGAGCGGGUCAUUCGCAGUAUGUCCAAGAUCCUGGGCAAGGUGGUGGUGGUCGACGAGCUCUCUCUGCGCAAGGAGGAGGAGGUCCGGGUCAAGGUGAAAUGCCUGGACGCCUCCAAGCUCCACACCACGCUUCGGCCUCCAGGGGAGCGGGCCCGCGGAUGCCGAUGGGUCCCACCACACCGGCGCCCCCGCCACUCCCGCUUCGACGACAACGAGGAGGACGACGACAUCUCUGAGCGCUCCCGCUCCCCGUCUCGUGAGCCCGCCAACCCCCCCUCGGGCCGCGGCGGCUCCGGGCAGGGCCGCACCCGAGUGUCCGCCGCGGACCUCGCGAUGGCCCUCCAGCUGGCCGCACCCCCAGUGGCGCCAUCUCCCCCUGCCUCGGAGUCGAUCAGUGACAUCUCGAGUGUUGGUCUGCUCGUCGUGCCCCCCUCGUCGCCCCGCUCUCCUUCCGCCGACUCCGCUCGCCGCUCCUCUCCAUCGGGCCCGGAACCACCGUCCCCCCCGGCCCCGACCUCCCCGGCCCUCACGGGUGGUGACGGUGGUACCCCACCCCUCGGAGAGCCCUCUCCGGUGCCCCCGCCCGCGGGGGAUGCGUCUGGCGACACCCUGGAGCUCGUCGCCCCGCUCCCCCCGCUGGUGGUCCCCGACGCCCACCCCACCUCCCCUGCCUCCCCGGCUUCGGCGGUGGCCGUGGUCGUCACCACUCCGGUCUCCACAAUCCCUCCCCCGACGGUGGCGUACACCAGGCGACCCCGCUCCUCCUCGACGUCGGUGACUGCGUCUCGCCGCAGCGCCCGCCUCGAUGCGGCUCGCCCGGUCGAUGCCUCGGUUCCGUCCAUCGCCGAGCGUGCUGAGAUCCGGGCGGCUGCCCGGAACCUCGAGUCAGGUGUGGAUUCCGCCCUUCCCAGUUCUUCCUGUUGUCCCUUUUCCACGCUUGAGGCUGUUCCUCUUAGACACCUUGCCAAGGUGGCCACGGACUCGGCCAUCGUUUUCAGGGGGGAAGUGGGUCCCCCCAUAGAGUAG